CUGUAUACCUGAGCAAAGCCACUCCUUCCCUAGAACACAUCAGAGAUGGUUGAGGAGCGGAGGAAGGAAAAUGCACUGAGACCUUGUACAGCUUUAAGGGUUUGCGGCUCUUUCCACAUUGCUUCAGGUCUGGUUUGGGAGUAUUUCUGAGAUUAGGGAGUUCAUGUAUUUUUGUUUUUGUUGCUUUGUUUUUCAGCCGUUCAGUCCAGAGUAGUAUUUCUUUUUUUUCUUUUUUUUUGUGACUUACAUACCUGAUGAAGAUGUGGUCAAUGAACGUUAUGAUCCUUCUGCUGUUCUGCUAUGCUUGUCUUGCAACUGGCAAGGACAGUGUGUAUUUUGUCUCGAAAAACUUUCACAAUGUACUACACUGGGCGGCAGUGAAUCCUGCUUCUCCUGGGCAGAAGGUGCUCUAUAGUGUCCAGUACUGGAGUGAUGCUAAAGACCAGAAGUGGCAGGAAAAAGAGGAGUGUCAGAACAUUACGGGCCUGUCCUGUGAUCUGACUGCAGAAACCCCAUCGGUUCAUGAUGUACACUACCAGGCUCGGGUGCGUGUUAACGGCACAAGCUAUGGCCGCACCACAAGGAUCAGACCCUUAGCAGAAACUAUUCUUGGUGCACCCAUCUUGUCUAAUUACACAAGAGGGUCAUCCCUGUAUAUUGACAUCACCCUGCCCUUGGGGCCAAAUGGAGUCUCCAUUGAAGACAUCAUUGCCAAAAGCAAAAGUUGGUCCUCCAAACCCAUUCUUUAUACUUUGAAUAUCACCCAUCCACAGUGGCCUGUCGAGAUCCAAAAAAGCAAAACUAAGCAGUUCAUUAUCAACUUGAAGAAGAAACAAACAAAAUACUGCGGCAAUGUGGUCUACAAGUUAUCAUCUGAAUGGGGUCGCCCAGAGAGUGAAAGCGCCUCUUUCUGUGUUACACUUUCAGACAAUACUCAGCUUUUGCAAUGGCUUCUCGUGAGUGCUGCUGUUCUGGCAGCCUUAGUAAUAAUAUCAGUUGUAUGCAUGUGCAACUACGUGAAGAGUGGAAAGUCAAAGAGCAUGCCACAAGUAUUGACAACCACUUCUGGGAGCUGUAAAGUACUGGAGAUUCUAGAUAGGAAUCGUAUCAUUUCCAAAAUAGACGUCUGCACUGAAAGCGACCAAACCACUUACGCUAACAUCAAGGGGAAGGCUGACCUGCCCUCAGUUGGGUUUUUGGGUUAUUCUCCCAAUGGCAUUCCUUUCCAGGCCUGGCAAGGCAGCAGUGGCUCCUCUGUGGGCACAGGUGCGGGUACUAUCACUGCAAGUCCUGAAGACACAAGCGCCCAGUCCUCUGAUAUCUACAGUGCAGUUGCUGUCCAUGUCCCAGCUGAAGAAAAUGAAGUUUUUCAGCAGGCUACCACUGAAGACAGAGAAAACAGUCACGCAACACUGUGUUCCAGUGAAGACGGUUGGGAGAGAGAAGGAAUGUGUUCAAAGCUGACCUCAUGUGGAGAACCACUAUUAUCUGAUGUUACCGCUUGUGAGGGCUGUCCAGCAAGUCAGCUGCUACUCCACACAGUUCGGGAUUCCAAUGGAAAACUCAUGUUGCCUUUGCUCAGUUGUCAGUUACAGAGCAACACUAGUGACACAAUAUCACCAGUGAACCUGGAGAGAAAACCCCUUUUAUCAGACCUCAUAGACUCCACGGAUGGGCCAUCAUUAGCAUCCUUGCAGUGCUUAGACAGCUCAGAAUGGUCCGACUCUGGGUGUGAUGAUAGCUCUGUAAACACACCAACCCACCCAUACUGCAACAGCCAUUACUCCCCAUCUCAAGCAGUUGUUCCUUAUUUUCACCAGGGAUGUCAGGGCACGCCAUGUAGUGAUGCCAUAUUUGAAUCAGGUUACAAACAAAACUGGAUGCCUACAGUCCCUGGUGGACCUACAGCCACAGAGCAUUGUGAUUAUAAAAGGACAAACUAUGCUCAGAACUGGACUGGUAUCAAAAUGAAUGGGGAAGGUGAGGAGAAUGAAGGGGGAGGAGGAGUGGCGAUAUCAAGACAAAUUCUCCUGGGAAAUUGGAAGAUACAAAUUCAAGAAUAAUUCUUCAUGAACUUUUGGGACUUACUUUUCCCCUGUACUGAAUAACGAUACAGAUGACUCAUCUCAGUACCCUUGUUUUGUUUGUUUUCUAAAGGACAAAAUGGGGAAGAGGACUGGCAGGUUCUCUAGGUAACAAUGCAGAACUCAUGCAAAUUAGUUGUGUUAUUGUGAUACCAGAAACAGAUUCAAACUCUCCUGUUUCUCUUUUUUGAGAGGAAACAGUCAAGAUUUGUCCAGAACUAGGAUUUAACAAUCACCUCUGGAUCUUAAAGUACAUUUCAUUCCUAGAUAAUAUAUAUAUAUUAUGCUUGGAUAUAUUUGAUUUAUUUAUCAAUCGUAAACUAUUCAAAAAUGAAUAGCCUUAAGUGGUGGGCUUAAAGUUUGUAUAUAUGUAAUUUAUAGAGUCCUUGUUUACUUUUUCAAGCCAAUGUUUCACAGCAUAAACACAUUUUUACAAACAGAUUGUGUAUUGUACAAGAUGGUGAAUUGUUAAAAGCUGAAUAGAAAGUUCACUUCAUAUUUAAAUGAUACAAUCUGUAGCGCACUUAACCUUAUUGUGUCGUGUGUGUCAUAAGUGGUUGCCCUGUGUGAAACAAAUGUGUACUUUUAGUCUCAUAUCAUAUUGUAUUUUUUAAUGUAUUUAUGCUAACUUUCUAGUGUUUUCAUUUUUACAAGACUUAGACAGCAAAAACAACACCAAAAGCAGUUAAGCAUACAUAAUCAUCGUGGGUAUUUAUGUCAUCACUAUGACAACAUAUUGUUGCAACUUAUUACACACACUAAACACACAAAUCCGCGUGUGGUCACUUACAUAUUACAAUGUGGACACUAAGCCUUAAAGAUUAGAUAUGAAAACAAAUCUGAUUGCAUUACAGCUGAAAAGCAGAACAGACAAAGUCCGACGCCUAUUGUGAUAUUUUCAGCCUUUUGAAAAGGAGCAAGAUGACUAAAUAUCUGAUAGGACUACAGUCCUAGGUCUGUGCUCACCAGCAUAUUUCAGUAUGAUCAGUGAUGUAUGAAACUCACAGAAUGAUGUCAUCUGUAAAUAAAAAAGCAAAUAUUUUUUCUAAUUUUCAAAGUUCAUAAACGCACUUUGUUCUCAAAGUUUGCUGUUCUUUCAGAGAAAGAAAAUACAGCAUGAUUUAUAUAUUAAAAGGUGGGUUUGUGGUGCAACCUUAGUCACGCUGAUAACAGCUAGGUUUUUAUUAGCCUGAACACGUCUAUGUACAGCUGUAAAGUAAAUAAUGUCAGGUGUGUUUUAUAAGUGUGGUGUGAGUCACUUAGAGACAUUUUGUACACCAAAAUACAGAUGUAGGUGUAUAUCCUCCGUGUGAAUGUUAUAAAAAGUAGCAGCUUUUCUUUAUUCUGUAUAUACAGCUUGUGCAUUUCUACUAAAUGUGUUUUUUGUAAAGUUCAUAUUGGAAAAUGUUCAACUGCAUUGUGAGAUAACAUAUUAAAUCAAAAAAUGACACAUUGUAAACACUAUUUUUUACAGCAACAUUUGUGAAAGAGACACACUGUGUCAGUUUUCAGUUGCACAAAAUCAUAAGAAUGUACACUGGAGAACCUCAAAUCAUUCUCUGCAAUUGUAGCACAACCACAGUUUUGUGUUCUUUUAUUUUGACUUCUGAAAAAUAUAUUUACUCAAUUGACAAUUUGCUAAAACUGGCCCCUUGGAGUCCUGGUGAGAUGAAUAAAUGUGGUAGAGUAAUAAACCUGCACCUGUGUAACACUUAAA